AUGGCAUCAAGACAACCAAGACACGUUGAAGAAAUCAAAGUAACAACAGAGCACAACCCAAGUGCUACUUCAAACCAACAGCAACAACACAAUGAUGACAAUCGUGGUGUAAUUGGAUCAGUGAUGAAGGCAGUUCAUGACACCUAUGAGAAUGCAAGAGAAGCUGUAGUUGGCAAGAGAGACCCUGCAACAACAGAAGAAGUUCAUGUUUUCGACAACGACAAUGAUCUAGUCUCAGGUGGUGGUGAAGUUAGAGACAUAUCAGCCAACAAAUCGUGUGGCGUAUACGAUGCAACAAAGGAAAAAACUAACGAGUAUGCAGAUUAUACAGCUGAGAAAGUAGAGGAAGCUAAGAACAAAGCAGGGGAGUACAAAGACUAUGCUGCAGAGAAGGCGAAAGAAGGGAAAGAUGCAACAAUGAAUAAGAUGGGUGAGUAUAAGGAUUAUACAGCUGAGAAGGCGAAAGAAGGGAAGGAUAAUACUGCAUGGAAGAUUGGAGAGAUGAAAGACUCAGCUGUUGAUGCUGCCAAAAGGGCUAUGGGUUACUUGGGUGACAAGAAAGAGGAAACUAAGGAGAAAACUGCAGAGACUGCUGAGGCUGCUAAACAGAAGACUGCAGAAACUACAGAAGCUGCUAAACAGAAAACUGCAGAGACUAAAGACUCUGCUGUUGAUGCUGCUAAAAGGACUAUGGGUUACUUGGGUGACAAGAAAGAGGAAACUAAACAGAAAACUGCAGAGACUGCUGAGGCUGCUAAGCAGAAGACUGCAGAAACUACAGAAGCUGCUAAACAGAAAACUGCAGAGACUGCUGAAGCUGCUAAACAGAAAACUGCAGAGGCAAAAGAUAAGACCAAGGAAAUGAUGAGUGGAGCAGAAGAAGAGGCAAGAAGGAGGAAAGAUAAAGGAUUUGGAGAGGAAACAUGGAGGCGUGGAAAUGUUGGGGUGAUAAGAACAGAAGAUACUCGAACAGGAACGGUGGCGGAGAGGCUGAAAGCGGCGGAUCAGAUGACAGGUCAGACAUUCAAUGAUGUGGGACCUUUGGAUGAUGAAGGGGUUACUCGUGUAGGACUACUUGAUAUUAAGAAAAAGUGAUUUAUCUGUAGUGUAUCAUGUGGUAUGAAAGAUGUAAUGAAUCACUAAACUUGUU